AUGAAGAAUCAAAAGUGCUGCGGUCACUGUCCAGGAAAACUGCUUCCUCCAGGAAGCAACGAGUUGCACGAAUGUUGUCAGCCGCGAUACGUUUCCGGGAACUUGAAAAUAUCUUCCUUGAAGAAGCUUGUAUCAGACGAUCCAGUAAGAAAAGAGGUCAAGGAGGAUGUUCCAUUACCAUUACCAGAGAAUCGAUCACUCUGUUACGAUCGAUUCGCUAUAGCAAAGAAGCUUCAUGCAGAAAAUCUAGAGCAUCAACCACUUCCAGACAGGGUUGACGAUUCUAUCUUCAAGAACGUGAGAUCACAAGGAUGCUGUUGCGGAUCCUGCAAACAUUGUGAACGAACUGACGAAGACUGUUUGAAGAAGUUGAGCAGACGUUAUGAACCUGUUCUCGGCUACAAGGAACCUAAGACCAAGAUGGAUCUGGCUAUUUGUUGGGAAACUCCUGUAGAUCCUGUUUAUGAACCACAUAAACCUGCUCAUAUCGAUGGUUCUGAAGGUGGACUUGCACCAGCUAUAUUCAGUCUCGUUCAACACACUUCAACGUCCAGAGCUUCUCUUCAUUCUGGCUCUGCGAGGAAAGAGGAACCUCCCACUUCAGGUCGUGGUCGGUACAGAUCACAGGAAGAUGGAAAUCAUUCGGGGAAUGAGAACAAAGUGGUGGAUAGUAAGGAUGGUAAAUGUUGCUGUGAAUGUCUAUGCAAAGAUUUAGAUAAAGUGAAGAUUUCAAAGAAGAUUCAGGUUGGCGGAGGACCGAGGAAUGUGUCCUUCAGGAAGUGCGUUGCCUGUGAGGCAAAGAAUAUCAAGGAAGAUCCUAGAUUGAUCAGAUCAGCUGUUGGAUUGGCGUUGGGUAUGGAGAAGAGUGAAAAUAAUCCGAGGAAAACUGGUAUCAAGUCAACGAUACCAAGACCAAGAACUCCUUUCGCCAGGAGAAACUUUUGCAUCGACAGUCUGUCUCCUCCUUUCAGUGUCGUGAACGGCUACAGAGACGCUGAUUUUCCUGAACACUGGAGACUUAUGUCCGUUUACCAGCAGUCUUAUAGGAAUCCGUAUAGACGGAGGAAUUAUCGUUGUUGA